AUGCCCAUAAAUGCAACUAGAGACCAUACUGCUACAUCAACCGAGGAUCCUACCACCGAAGAUGUGUUGCUUUUGAGGUACACGCGUGAUACCCGCGAAAUCACCCCGCUGCAGAAUGAAGCGAUUAUUGAAGACCCAGUGGCCGCCAACAACGAAUCGUUUGACAAUGUUGGUAGUGGUGACACGCCAACGCUGCUGGAAGACACGCUCACGCUGCAGUCUGCUCAGGAAAACACGGGCAGCCGAAUGAGUUUCACGCUGUUCCCGAGCGUUCCCCUGGACACGGUCUCGCACAGCUUCUCUUCUGUAAUGAGCGAGCGCAUGCCACCGGCGGAGGUAACGCCGCAGUCGACGACCUCUCAUCAUCACCCGACCGCAGGGCACGCGGCCGAGACAACAUCUCAACAUCUCGGAGCUCCGACGCAGACGCAGGCGUUACCGUCCACACGCACGGGGACUGAACCGCUGCUUGGCGAAUACGCUCAGCAGAAAACGCCGCCGCCGCCGCAUGUCCUCAUGCCCGUGAACACCUGGCGGGAGCAGUCCCCGCCUGCCGUCCUAACGGCCGCGCCCCGGGCGACCGCGGUCACGGCAACACCUGCGGCGUCGCUGAGCCAACCCCCCGUUAUUACCAUCUCCCCCGUACGCUCAACGACCACGAGCCGGCAAGCCGCUUUGAACCCCCCGACUACGCGCAGGCCAACUACAGUUGUUGCUUCGACCAGCAGCGCGGUCCAGCAAAGUACAGCCGCGGCGACAACGGUGCCGCUACCGCCGCGGCUGUCGACAACAGUGCACAGUGUGGCGGCAGGCAGUACGGAGCAGCAGCGAGGCGCGGUGGAGUCAACCACCCUGCCGCCCGUGUCGGAGCAGGCGAGCUCCAGCGCCGAGAAGGAAACGUCGGCUAUAGACGAGGCGGGGGUUCGCUCCGUGGAGCACACGGCGAUGACGGCGGAGGAAGGAAGCGGCAUCGUCACUGCAGUGUUCACCGACCCGCACGAAGCCGGGCGCACACUGCCGCAGGCUUCGCUCCAGUUUAGAAUCAUGGUUCUCGCCUUGUUGAACAACGACACCGAAUACGAAUAUGAGCCUCCAGACUACGGCCAUGCUAACAGAACGGCAGGCAGGAAACGUCGCAAUGCGAUAGAGGUGAACAACGAGGGCAGCGAACGACAAGUGGAGAACGGAUUCACCAUGUCGUACGAGGAAACAACAUCGAUCAGAGAACGAGUAGGAGAUAUAGGCCCACUCCCCGGCCUAAGCGCAUCUCUGCCAGAGAUGGCAAAUAUUUCAGGAGAAGGCAAUGGAUUCCCUGGACUAAGGGCACCUCUUCCCAGGGUGACACAUAUUCCAGGAGAAGGGGAGGAACUCCUUGGGAUAAGCACGCCCCUGCCAAGGGUGACACAUUUUCGAGACAAUACUUCCGUCCACUUAGAUCUCAUGUACGUCACUCCAACACCAAUGGUCUACGAGGAAAAUCUCUAUUUGAGCUUCAUUGUGAUGAACUAUACUGGCGAAGAUGGUGAUAUAGUGGUGUCACAGCAGCGAAUUUUGACAGUAAUAACAGAACACAGAGAAACACUACAGGAUGUGAUGGCUCCAAUGAACCUCACCGAAAUACACGGGGGUAUGGCAGCCAUAGUAGCGGCACGGAUCCAAGGGGCGGGACAACAACCAAGUCUGUUCCGCAGACACCAGACAUUGUUUGCUGCGUUACUCGCAGCGGCAGCCAUCGUGUUUCUCAUAGUAGUAGCAUGUCUGGCACUGUGGCGGCACAAACGGCACAGUGGCAGCUGGAACAGAGAGUCACAGCUAUACUUGGACGACAGCCAGUCAGCCGAGUUAAAGUACCGGCCCAACUAUCCCUUCUACUGGGACAACCCACUGAGUGACCAUGAAAUCAAAAAGGAUGAGGACGCUAAAGAUACAUGCAAUGGUGAUGACCUCUGCGUCAUUUCACUGAGUCUAGAUGAUGAAGUUGACAACUGGGUGGUACCUUACGAAGACUAUCAUCGCAGGGAUGAGGAAGCUGUGAAUACACACUUAUAGCACUUCACAUGAACGGAGUGCAAUGCAUGCCUUUCAAGUUCAGCAUUAUCAAAUUAUUUGUGUAUUAUUGUUAAAACUCCAGAAAGUAUUACUAUUAUUAAAAGUCCCAUAAGUUGGGACGUUUAAUUUUGUAUGUUUACUUACCAUACAUACUUACUGUUUUUCGCGCGUGACGUCUGCAUAGUCCAUGGCGCCACCUGCUGAGUGAUUUAGAUACAAUGUUACCAUUUGUUAAUCGGAUACAAGCUAUCAAUAAUCCAGUGGUAAAUCAGGCCCCCAUUAUUCAAUUAAUUACUAAUGACUUACUAUGCUAUCAAACUUUUUGUAUGAAUCGCGAAGCAGAAUGAUAAAACCUACACUAGUAAAAGGGGACCAGUAAUAGAUUAAACAUUGGUUGUUUCAUUGCACAUACAACAGCCAUGUGUACUAUGGAUACAAAUAUGACGUUUGUGUAUAUAAGGAUUUAUUUUAUUAAAUUAUAGCCAAAUAUAUCAUAGCAAACUCUUCGUGUAUUAAUAUUAAAUUUAUAGUAAAUAAUUGAAUGUAACGAAGGUAUUAUGCUAUACUUUGCCAUGCUAUGCUAUUCUAUGCACUUCUCAUUUAUCUACCAUUUAAAUAUAGUUCAUUGUAAAAUAAAACAAUUUUAUUAAAAAGUUUGCUAAUGACUGG